AUGGAGUCGCCUGCACAGGACCCGGAGUCCAAGUCUCCCGUCUAUGACGCCCAGCAGAGCCCUCAGGAUGCCGCCAGCCAUGCUGAGUCGGGCGAGACUCACUUGCACAUUGACCCUGCAAAGGAGACUAAGUUACUAGCAAAGCUCGAUGCUGCAUUUACUCCCGUCAUCAUGCUGGUCUACCUGUCAUGCUUUCUCGACCGUUCCAACAUUGGCAAUGUCAAGACAGCAGGUAUGCCUGAAGCCAUCGGUGCAAGUGCCCAAGAAUUCUCGACCGCCGUUUCCAUCUUCUACGCCACAUACGUUACCUUCGAGACCCCAUGGGCCGUGCUCCUUAAGAAACUUACCCCACGCAUUCUCAUGACCAGUCUCUGCGUCGUCUGGUCUCUUGUUACCAUUUUUUCCGGCUUUAUUCAGAACAUUGGCGGCCUUUACGCCACCAGGCUGAUUCUUGGAGCCUGCGAGGGUGGCCUCUUCCCCGGCCUUAACCUCUACCUGACUAUGGUUUACCGCCGCGAGGAGCAGGCCAAGCGCGUUUCCUACCUUUUCGUGUGCACGGCAAUUGCAGGCGCCUUCGGUGGGCUUCUCGCCUAUGCCAUUCUCCACAUGGAUGGUGUCGGAAAUUAUGCUGGCUGGAGAUGGGUUUACAUCAUCGAAGGCAUAUUCAGCGUACUCGUAGCCUUUGUCGUGUGGUUCGGUCUUCCGAAUGAUCCUUCGAACGCUUACUUUCUUAAUGCCGAAGAGAAGGAGAUGAUGCGUGUCCGUGCCAUCCAGCGACAGGCCUACAUGGGAAGCGAGGAAUUCGACUGGAACGAAGUCAAACUUGCUCUCAAAGACCCUAAAGUUUACCUCAGUGGCUCUAUUCAGUUCUGUCAAGAUAUCUUGCUUUACGGCUUUAGCACCUUUCUUCCGUCUAUUAUCCAGGGAAUGGGUUACAACACUCUUCAGUCUCAGUAUCUGACUAUCCCCGUCUACAUCUUUGGCGGUAUUGCUUUCUUGAGCUUUGCCUUUAUCUCGGACAAGCUGCGGAUUCGUGGUCCAUUUGUUUUCUUCGCAAACAUUUUUGGCAUCAUCGGAUACAUUCUACUCCUCACAGAUACGCCUGAAGGAGUCAAAUUCUUCGGAACCUUUCUCUGCGCCGUUGCAGUCUACAACGGGCCUGGACUCAACCUCACUUGGCUGAAUGUCAACGUAGCACCACACUACCGUCGUGCGACGGCCAUUGGUUUCCAGCAGACCAUUGGAAAUACCGCUGGUGUUGUUGCUGGCCAAAUUUACAGAAAGGCCCCUUACAAGCUGGGCAACGCAUUCUCCCUGGGUGCGCUCUGCGUUAGCCAGCUGCUUAUAGUUGGGAAAUAUCUUUACAUCAGAAAGUGUAACAACGAGAAGAAGAGAAUCGCCAACGGAGAGAUUGAAGACACCAGGAAGGUCAAGACAGGAGAUCGCGCUCUUGAUUUUGAAUACCACCUCUGA